CGAUGACGCACCGGACACUGACUGGCGAUGGGCUGUGUUCAGCUGGAGCAGACGAGCAGAGGCUGCUCCAGCGCCUUCUCCCUACUCGAGGACAGAUGGAUGUGACACCUGGACGCAUGGCGUCCCCCCCUCCACCCCUCCACCCAAUGAAGACAGGUCACUAGUUGUCUGUUAAACCAGGUUCUUCACCUUUACGAUGGAUAUUUACGCCUCCACUUUAUCACCAGCGCUGGACAUCGGUGUAGGCUGUUACCUGCUGGUUUUGGCUGUGCUCUCCAUCGUUGGAAAUGUUCUUGUCCUCAUCAUGGCUUUCAAAAGGUCAUCGAGGAUGAAGCCGCCGGAGCUGCUGAGCGUGAAUCUGGCGGUGACCGACCUGGGAGCGGCUGUCACCAUGUAUCCCCUGUCCGUGGCCUCCGCCUGGAGCCACCACUGGAUCGGGGGAGACUUCACCUGUGAUUAUUACGCCCUGGCGGGAUUCUUCUUCGGCGUCGCCAGCAUCAUGAACCUGACCAUCUUGGCCAUCGUGCGCUUUGUUGUCUCCCUCAAUCUGCAGUCCCACAAGGAGAGAAUCAGCUGGAAGAAGGUGAAGAUGCUGUGCAUGUGGUGUUGGCUGUGGGCACUGAUCUGGGCUCUGCUCCCUCUACUGGGCUGGGGUCGAUACGGCCCGGAGCCCUUCGGGUUGUCCUGCUCCCUUGCCUGGGGAGGGAUGAAACAAGAGGGCUUCUCUUUCAUCAUCUCCAUCUUCACAGCCAACCUCGUCGUGCCUUCCCUCAUCAUCGUUUUCUGCUACUUUGGCAUCGCCAUCAAGCUCUACUUCAUCUACAGAAAGUCCAACAACACCAACCAGGUCCAAAAUAUUGUCAAGCUGCAUCGGAGGCUGUUGAUAAUCGCUGUCCUGAUCAGCGUGGGCUUCAUAGGCUGCUGGACGCCCUACAGCCUGGUGAGCCUGUGGUCCAUUAUCUACGACAGCAGCAGCAUCCCACCUGAGGUCAGCCUUCUGCCCUGCAUGUUUGCGAAGAGCUCCACUGUGUACAAUCCCAUGAUUUACUACAUGUUCAGCAAGAGCUUCAAAAGCGAGGUAAAGCAGCUGUGGGGGCAGUGCCUCAACUUGAACUCGUGCCAAGUUGCCAACACCAUCAAUGAAACAGGCAUUUUCAUGGUCAGUGCUGACAUCAGGCCCAAAAUAGCAGCGCAGUCUGAGCUGCUAGAGCAAAGUGUGACUCUGGGUUGAAAGACUUUUCCGGCUCUAAACUGAGGAAACAUCAGAUGGUCUCAUAAUGUGUUCUUUCACAAAACAUUAUCAAGAAACCUCUCUUUUCAGUACAACUAGUGUGUGCUAUCCUGACCCAGAAAGCAUUUUUGCACAACGAUGCUGUGAAAGUCAACCAGCUAAGCUAUAAAGUAGAGCUAACUAACACUCUGUUGAUUAAACCUGCCACUGAAGAAGUUACUGCGGUGAACUGCUUUGAGUUUGGUCAUUCCCAUGUACUGCCCAUGUUUACCUGACUACACAGCACAUUGUAAACGAGACAGCCACACAGACGUCAAGAAAACACACAACAAACCAAAGGUUGUUCAGCAAAAAAGGACAAAAAUACUUAUUUUAGUUCAAUCUCAAAGUUACAUCUGCAGCUACUUUGCUUGAAUAGUUGCUUUUUGAUGAUUUUGUGACACAAAACCAAAAGUUUCAAAGAAAACUAAAACAGCUGAAAGUGGAUCAUGUUUCAAAAAUCUGCCUCAAUGAAAACAAAUAUAUUCCAUGUUGUUGGGUUCUUGGAAGAAGGCAGUAUGACACAGAUAAUUGUUAUUGUGUGUCAUAAGAGUAUGAGACAUAUUUGCACUUUUAGUAUGUUAGGCUUCAUCUGGAAUGUGAGCAUCUGUUAUAUUUAAAGGCUAAGACUGACAUUAUUUUAUCAUUUAAAGAUUUGGAACAAAAACUGUGUUAUGUACUAUGUAAUUGUUAUGUACUGUCAAGCGAAAAGGCUAGAGGUCAUUGUGAUGGAGUGUGUCGUCCAAAUGCAAAAGAUCGAUCUAUUUUUUCUUUGUUUCUGUGAAUCGAAGUCAAAACAGCAUCAUGUUAAUCUAGCAUUAAGGACUAUAAACAGAGGGAACAGCUAUAGUUUCAAAAUCCAUCGUAACAUGUUGUUGUUACGAAUUCAACAUAACACGGUAAAAGAGACAUAUCGUGCUUUUUCAGUUUUUCGUGUGUCAUAUUGGUUUAUUAUGAAUGUAAAAGGUCUGCAUGGUUAAAAAGCCUACGGUUGCAGUACAGGGAGCUCCUGACAGACGGGCUGAGAACAUGUGCUUUUCAGCUGCUGCAGCAAUGGAUAGUUCGAGGAAAGUGACGUGUGUUCCGAACAUUAGAGCGUGUAAAACAUUUUAAAUUACCCAAGUUAAAAUUAUGAACCUAAAUAUGAGCAUUACAUGUCUCCUUUAGUUUUAGAGGUACUGGCAGGCGGAUUGUGUUAUCAGUAAGUUUUGAACUUUCUUUACAAAAGUUGCUGAACAUCUGCAGAGUUAAGCUUGACUUGUUCAUUUGUGAAGUUUGGGAACAACCAGUUGACUAAACAGUCCCAACCCAAGGUUCACUACCCUGCUUGUUCUGGAGCUUUUGACCGUAUCACAGUCCUCAUCAGCAAACGGAUUCAUUAACAGAGUCUGCUCAGUUAGCCGUCAACACAGAGAAGAGGUCCCAUAGGUGCCCACAGUCAUAGAACGUUUGAAAAUACUCUGCUAAUAAGGACUGUACGAUAUGGUCGGAAGCUCCAGAACACAUUAAUAAGGACAGGCACAGUUUUGGAGUUCUAAGGUACAAAUAAAUUAGCCGUAUUAGACUCGGACCAAAGUGUGUACUUGUUAGGAGGAUAAAUGGAUUACUGUGUUUGACAUUUCAUGGGAUUUGUUAAUAAUAAAAAGACAAACUGAAGUUUUUAUCCUUCUUAAUCUUUCAACUGUGUGAACUUUCCCCAUCACUGUCUGCAGUCACAGCUGCAGCGCAGCAGUAUGCUAUUGUAUACAACACAGCCUAAAAAAUCAUUUGUGUGAUGAAAGAGUUCAUGUCAUAAUUCACAUAAUUCCUGACUGAGAUCUGUUCUUGUCCAGGGAUUAUUUUUCCUCAUAUUUUAUCACCUGAAAUUCCCUUUUUUUUUUGUGUUUUUUAUUUUCACUUGUAUUACUGUUGUAAGUGUAAAAUUAUUUUUAAAGUCUGUAAAUGUACAGCUAUGAACCUUCAAUAAAUGUAUGUGUGCACAUUUCAUUGGAUAUGUUUGAGAAUAAACACUGAUUGAAUACAGUUUAUUAGCAUAAAUACACCAUAAUUGGAUAAUACUGUAUCACUUCCAAACUCUAUGAUAACACAGAGCAGUGGCUGUUUUUAAUGAACACACUAUGCUAAUUGUGAAUUCCAGUCACACAAAUGUAUCCGUCGUACAUGUGAACAUCAUUCACCUAUGGUAUGCUAAUUAAAAUCCACUCAGCCAGAGCUCAGGGCGCAAAGACGAGAAGCAUCAAAUUCAAGGAGGAGGGGGUCGACCAGAGACUAAAUACAGCAACUCCAAACACUAGUUGAAUAAGAGUGAAACAGUAACUCCACAAUAACUAUGUACUGCAAUAUGUCAAUUUAAAUCUUGAACACUAGGAUAUUCCCAAAAAGUUGUCCAGUAGACGAGUAAUCAAAGGAGCCAUAAUCAGGUGUAGGUUUAGAUGGUUAUACUGGUACAAAGCACUGGUAUUGUUAUGGUGCUUUAGGGCAGCCUUAAAUAUACAGCGUAUAGCAGCCGACCCAAGAAUCACCUCUGUGGACAAUGAAUGAAGUUAAAUUUCAAUCACUGGUGCACUUAUUUCCAUAACUGAGUAUUUCAGAAAAAAGGUUACACAGUAGUCACGUCCACACGUCCACAUGUUUUAUUUUGAGCAGAGCACUGAAUCAACAUCUCACAUAGAAAAAUACUGUCUAUGACUAUAUAAUCAGAAGCUGGUUAAAUGAAACAUGAUGCAGCAAAGAAAGAAAUCAAAACAAUGCAACAUGUCAACAUGACAGUGUCCAUGAACUUAAAAGUAUUGGCUCUAAAGUUUUUUUUUUUGAUGUGACUGAAUUACACAUUACAAAGUUUAUAACAAUGUCUAAUGUUUUAUAUUGGAUAGCCUUGUAAACCAUGGACUGUAAUGCUUUUAUUGUGAAAUGUAGUGUCCAUAUAGUGGAGAUGAAUAGAAAUUUCAUAAUAAAAGCAUUACAUUUCAAUGCUCAUAAUGCUGUCUUGUGUUUUAUAUUGGAUGGCGUUAUAAACCCUGGAAUGUAAUGCUUUUAUUGUGAAAUGACAAUGUAUUUCCACUACUCCGGCACUAAUCACACUCUGCUACACACAUUUCAUAAUAAAAUCACCAUAUUCCAAUGUU